CCAAUUUCGGGCUAAUUAUGACCGAGACUGCGAUCAGGUAGAGUGAGUAUUUUGACUCAGGCGGACAAUACGGGUACAAAUAUCACCGUCUUUUCCUCACAGGCUCGUUUCUCGAACCUGUAAACAGCGUGGUUUUGAAAACACUGUCAACCAAGCUAAACGAUGCAGCUUCAACAAACAGCCAUGAUACAGUAUAGGCGAUUAUUUUUGCUCUUAUUUACGAUCGUUACGCUUAUAUCAAGAUCAGAAAGCAGAAUAGAAGAACACGUGUGUUCUAGCAUCGAUAUAAGAAAUGGAGUCGAGCAGUUUCAACAGUUGGACAACUGCACAGUUAUUGAAGGAUAUCUACAAAUUUUACUGAUUGACAGCGCCAACCCUAGUGAUUAUACGCACUUGAAAUUUCCAAAGCUACGAGAAAUCACGGAUUUCUUACUGUUGUUUCGUGUGAAGGGCCUAACGACGCUUGCACACAUUUUUCCCAAUCUUGCUGUCAUCCGCGGACAUACUUUGUUUUUUGACUACGCUCUUGUGAUUUUUGAAAUGCAAGACCUAAGAGAGAUUGGACUUUAUAGUUUGACCACGCUUCAGAGAGGUGGAGUGAGAAUUGAAAAGAACCCAAGUCUCUGCUAUUUGGAUACCGUGAAUUUUGAUGUGCUAGUACAACGAUCUGUGAAGAAUUACAUCAAAGAGAAUAAACAACAAGCAGAAUGUGUGAAUAUGUGUCAAUCCAGCAGAUCGCGUCCAUGUUAUCAACGGACGUGGUUGAGUGCCGAAUCUCAUGAUUUAUGUUGGACGGCAACACAUUGCCAAAAAGCGUGCCCGUAUAAUUGUCACGACAACUGCCGGACGGGGAUAGAACCCCUUAAAUGUGACUGUGACAGUCAGUGUAUUGGCGGCUGUGUUGGUAACGGAGUGCAUAAUUGUGUUGCAUGUCGUAACUUUUACCAUGAUGGACGUUGUAUGCAGAACUGUCCUUCCGACACCCUUGAGUAUUUGAACAGAAGGUGUAUAUCUCGUUCUGCCUGCCCUCGGGGUUGGAAAAUAUACAAGAAUACUUGUAUUAAGGAAUGUCCUCCGGAUUAUACUGUGAAUGAGACAGACUCGGCAGAAUGUCUACCAUGUGUUGGACCCUGUCCAAAAGUUUGCGAGGGCAGGACAGUGGACUCGGUUGCAUCCGCCCAACUACUACACGGUUGCACCAUUAUAAACGGAAGUCUAAAGAUUACAAUUAGCGGGGCAGGAAAUCCUGUGGCAGAGUUAGAGGCCAACUUGGGAUUGAUAGAACUGGUUGAGGAUUAUGUUGAAAUCAGUCACGCUUUCCCAGUCGUCUCGCUCAGUUUUCUGAAACGCUUGAAACGUAUCAGAGGCCAAAACCUGCACAGUUCCAAAUACGCAAUUUAUGUGUUAGAUAAUCAAAACCUCCAACAUCUAUUUGACUGGGAACAAAAACCAAGCCUGACUAUGGAUCGGGGAAAGCUAUUUUUCCAUUUCAACCCCAAUUUGUGCCCAUCCCAUAUUACUGAACUUGAAAAUCAUGUUGGCCUAGGAGGACAAGAACGGCUUGAUGUAGACAUCUCUACAACCACAAAUGGAAACCAAGUUGCAUGUGAAAUGAUAGAGCUGAGGCUUGUGCUAUGGGCUUUUGAAAGACAUAUGCUUUUAGGGUGGACACAGUACGUUACUGACGAUGAGAGAGAUCUGCUGAGUUUCCAAGUCUCAUGGAGAGAAGCGCCUGAGAAUGUAACCGAAUUUGAUGGACAAGAUGCAUGUGGCAGUAGUACUUGGGAAAGAGUAGAUUUAGGACCAAAGGAAUACAAUCAUAUAAUUACCCGUCUUAAGCCGUAUACACGUUAUGCAGUAUUUGUCAAGACAUAUACCAUAGCUGGGACCAGUACUGGUGCAAAAAGUGUUAUUGAGUAUGCGACUACCAAACAAGACAAUCCGUCAGCGCCGAUGGACCUUAAGGUUCAUCCCAAAUCGUCAUCAGAGUUACUGCUUAAAUGGAACCCACCAGAAGAACCGAAUGGCAACGUUACACAUUACUAUGUGUACAUUUCAAAAUUACAAGAUGACGUAGAGGCAUUCAGUCAACAAAAUUAUUGUGAACCUGGACUGAAACUACCAGAGCAUACUGCUGAGCCCAUAGAUACAGAAAAAGAAAGUGCCACUAAUUUUACCGACGGAUGUUGCGCUUGUCCAGACCCAGAGAAAGAGUUAAAGAUUGCAGAAGAAGAAGCAAUGCGAAAAGCAUUUGAAAACUUCCUUCAUAACAAUGUCUACGUUUCCAGACCUAUACCAAACGAACAAUAUGAACGUAUAAAGCGAGAUGAACUGUCACAAACACUGCCUGGUGUUAACACAACGCAAAGAAUACUACGUGAUGUUGCUUAUAGCCCUGGAAAUAAUAUCUCUGUUACAAUUGAGACACAGCCAGAAGCACCAUCAGAGGAUCCAGUUAACGGCAAUUCCACAACUGAUGGGAAUGAAGAAGAGGAAGAAGAAACAGUAUACGAUAUUUCCAAGGUGGAUCGUACUGAUCACCUAAUGGUUGAACUUGACCAUUUUACAAUGUUUUAUCUAAAGGUGCAAGCAUGUAACGAUGCCGGGUGCAGUCCAUUAGCGGUGUCCUAUGCUAGAACCCUACCAGAUCCUUUAGCUGAUAACAUUCCCAGUAAUGUGACAUCCACUGUAAUAACUAACAAGACCCAUUAUAGAGAGGUGCUGCUGGAAUGGGAAGAACCACAGAAACCUAAUGGUCUCAUUAUAUUCUAUGAUAUUGCAUACAUCAAACAAAAAGAUGAUGUUGUUAUAGAAACAGGGAUGUCUGGCGAGGUGAAUGAAAAUGAAGAGAUUCAAGAAAAAAGUGAAGAAGCUAGGUCAAUCUGUAUAUCUUAUUCGCAAUACAAAUCACUUAGUGGAUAUUUAUUAAGCGGCUUAGAAGCUGGUAAUUAUUCGGCACGUGUACGGGCAUCAUCUUUAUCUGGUAAUGGAUCUUGGACGGCAUCCACAUACUUUGUGGUUCCAGAUGAACCGCCAACUGAAUUGCCGGUAAUACAAAAAUCCCCCUAUUCUGAUGGUAUGGUGGUCCUUAUUGGAGGUAUUGUAGUUUUUAUAAAAUUAGGGUAAUUUUUCUGUAGGUACAUGAAUAAUGGAGUUCCAAAUGGUGUGUUGUAUGCCUCAUAUAACCCAGAAUAUCUCAGUGCUGCGGAUGUAUACGUUCCUGAUGAAUGGGAGGUGCCCAGGGAAAAAAUCCACCUAAUACGGGAGCUAGGUCAAGGGUCAUUUGGAAUGGUGUAUGAAGGCGAGGCUAAGCAUAUACAAGAUGAUGAAGACAAACGCAAAGUUGCCGUGAAAACAGUCAAUGAAAACGCUUCAAUUAGAGAUAGAAUAGAGUUUCUUAAUGAAGCCUCCAUUAUGAAAGCCUUCAACUGCCAUCAUGUUGUUAGAUUGCUUGGAGUCGUUUCUAAAGGUCAACCAACAUUAGUUGUCAUGGAACUCAUGGCUCGGGGAGAUUUGAAAAACUGGUUGAGGUCGCAUCGAGCGGAUGAGCCGAGCAACGAGGAUAAAUUGGCUCCAACUGUAGGGCAGAUUUUACACAUGGCAGCAGAGAUCGCUGACGGCAUGGCUUACCUAGCGGCGCAAAAGUUUGUCCACAGAGACUUAGCAGCUCGUAACUGCAUGGUAGAUGAUUCAGGAACAGUAAAAAUAGGAGAUUUUGGUAUGACGAGGGAUAUUUAUGAAACAGAUUAUUACCGAAAAGGCGGCAAGGGUUUACUACCGGUUAGAUGGAUGGGGCCAGAAUCAUUAAAAGAUGGUAUUUUUACCAGCCACUCAGAUGUCUGGUCGUAUGGCGUAGUUUUAUGGGAAAUGGCUACAUUAGCCGAACAGCCGUACCAGGGGCUUUCAAAUGAGCAGGUACUAAAAUACGUUAUAGAUGGCAACUCUUUAGACAAACCAACUGGAUGUCCAGAUAGAAUGUUUGAAUUGAUGGCACUUUGUUGGCAAUAUAAUCCCAAAAUGCGACCAACUUUUAUAGAGCUGAUUGAAAAUCUUGAAAGCCAUGGGAAUAUUGAGCCAAGUUUUACUGAGGUGUCGUUUUACCACAGUGUGGAGAGACAUCAUACAGAAGAUACCAAGAUGGAGGAAGCCAUUCCUCUGAUGGACGAUUUUGAUCACCGAAAUGAAAGCGAACAACCAAAUAUGAACCCUUCUAGCCCAGUGAGGGAUGGGCCACAAACAUCUCCCUUGUCUAGUGUUCUUGUCUCGCACAUGCCCAAAAAUGGAGUUCUAAAUGGAUCCGCAAUCAAGGUUCCCAAGUGUACAACCUGCUGACCGAUGUAAAACAAUCCCACCCACCAUCACUAUGGUAACAACACACCUGGAAUAUUAUAUAUUUGUAAAUUAAUUUGUAAGCAAACUAAGAAAAUUAACAAAAAACAACAACGACACAUUUGUCAUGAAAUUGUGUUCGAUAAAAAAGCAACAACAACUUUUAAUAUGGUAGUCAUACUACUUGUUAUUUAUAUUGACUUUUGAAUAUUACUUUAUGUGAAAAAAACAUGCAC